AUGACUAUGGCAGGAGGAAACUCAUUGGACGGAAUGUUUGUUUUCACGUUGAGUCUUCUUGUGGCCCUGACCGGACUCAAUGCCGCAAGGGUUGGAAAUAAUAAACUAACACCGAGAAGUAACACGGGGUAUGAUGAAGACGCACAUCUUACUGCUCGGGAGCUGAUCACUAAAUAUGGAUAUCGAGGUGAGACUCACCAUGUGGAGACUAGGGACGGACACAUCUUGGAGCUGCACAGGAUAACUGGACCAAAGUCAAAUUCACGACCAUUCGGAAAACCAGUCGCUUUACUCAUGCAUGGUCUGCUGUCUAGCUCGGUCGAUUGGCUCAUCUCUGGACCUGAAAAAGCAUUCGCUUAUAUACUAGCGGACCAGGGAUACGAUGUUUGGUUGGGCAAUGCCCGUGGGAAUCACUACUCCAGGAAACACAAAAAAUACUCGAUUCUGGACAAAAAGUUCUGGAUGUUCAGCUGGCACGAAAUCGGAGUAGAGGAUCUCCCGGCGAUGAUUGACUAUGUCCAAGGACACACCAAGAAAGACAAGAUAUUCUACGUAGGACACAGUCAAGGAACGACAUCAUUCUUCGUGAUGUGUUCCGAGAAACCGGAGUACAACGACAAGAUCCACGCGAUGUUCGCCAUGGCGCCUGUCACCUACAUGAAGCACAUGAGCAGUCCUUUCUUUAAAAUCUUGAGUCAGUUCGAUAAUCUGUUGAAUGGGGCCAUGGAAGCUCUCGGCUCUUACGAGUUACAGCCGACGGAUGAGUUCCUCAAUCGCGUAAAGGCAAUCACUUGUGAUGCGGAAGCUACUACACAGCCACUCUGCGAAAAUAUAAUGUUCCUCGUUGGAGGAUAUGGAACAGACCAGAUGAAUAAAACAUUGUUGCCAGCCAUUUUGGGUCACGUUCCUGCAGGCUCGUCUGCCCGUCAAAUGAUUCACUACGCGCAACUGAUGAAAUCAAAUGAAUUCACACGAUAUAAUCACGGAUGGUGGGAGAAUUUGAGAAGAUACCGGCAAUUCUCGCCCCCGAAGUAUGAUCUUUCCAAAGUUACCGCUCCAGUUGUUCUUCACUACUCUCUCAACGAUAUUUUCUCCAAUGUCAAGGACGUCAAUCGCCUCGAGCAGCAGUUGCCCAAUAUCCACUCUAAGCUGAGGGUGCCCAAUCCCAAAUUUGCGCACUUGGAUUAUAUGUGGGGAGUAGACGCCUAUCGACUUCUCUACAAUCAAACAGUACUGAUAAUGGAUAGUCUCCACCAAAGAUAGGAAACACAGAAACUAUAAGGAAAAUUAUGAACGGAUUCGCUUAUGUAGUGUUAUCAAGUCUUCAUGGUCGGUGUUAUGUGGCAUCCUAUUGUGAAUUAUAUUGAAUAUACCGCAUGUAGAAUAAAACUUUUUAUACUUUUCA